UCUACAAAAGAACAUUUAAGUCACAGAGUUUGGUUAUUUAGUGGUUGAUUUUUUGUAUCAUUGAUUAUGAAACUCAAAAAACAAUUGUUAUAGACUUAAACAAUGUCACGUUACACAGCCUUUUCUUUUGGGUUUCUGAUUGCUGUAUUAGCAUCUUCGUACGGAGAAAUUGUACCAAAAGUUGCCUUGAAAUGUGGAAAACCAAUUUUCUUCAAAGACACUCAAGAUGAAUGGUCUGAAUCAGAACAGGAAUUUGAUGCAUGUGGCAGCGAGGAGGAAAUCACGAACAGAGUGUUUGAGAUAUGUAAAGCACUCUAUGCUUCAAUAGAAACUGAAACUAUCAGUGAAGCUACCGCGAAAGAGUUCGUGCCUAGUUUCUGUUCUACCAACGAAGAUUCGACUUCAUGUUUUGGAAGACAGUUUAUUUGUCACAAGAAAAGUUUCACAGCCAGGAGUUUGGUGGUACCUCAGAAUUGCACCUUUGGGCAUAGUGUGGCUAAAGAUUGUGCCCUGGACUCGACUUUAAAAAGUCUGGCUCAGUAUGAAUGUGGAACAAGAAUGAAGCCAGCGUAUCUGCUACAUGAUUACGGGGUUCUCCCACCCAAGUGCGAUAAUGAAAUCAACAAGUGGAAAGGCGUGGAAUUCGUUUGUUGUCCAGUUGACCCAGCCACUAUGAUCAAAGAAAACGAGAAGAAGCUGGAAAUGCUGGAGCAGAACACGGCGACUCGGUGUCGUCUUCAACCGGAGUCCGGGCCCUGUUUCGCCUCCCUUCCCUCCUGGUACUUCGACGCAGUGUCGGGUGCCUGUUUCAUGUUCAACUACGGUGGAUGUAAUGGAAACAGGAACAGAUUUGACUCUAAACAGGAGUGUAUGAGUGCCUGCGCUCAACACGCAAUUAAAACAGACACAACAGAAGUCACAAAUAGCAACUCAGAUGGAAAUUCGCAGGAGUUGCCUGAUGAAGAUGUCGAAGAAGGUGAUGAUGGUUCUGGAACCAUCAUCGAAGAGGAUCUGCUACAGAAGCAUACUUCGAGUGAUGAGCAUCCAACCGAACGAACCACAGAGCAGAUUAUGAACCAGUAUAUUGACCUGCCUUACCUCUUGGGCGGAGAGCCGAAAUCCUGGUUCAAGGUCAAAAUAGCCGAUAUUGAUUUCCUGGAUGAGAAUUUUGUGAAGCCAGAAAGUUUGAACGAGCACGAUGUUUACACAAAGGCACUGGUGCAACUGGAGGACUCUUACGAAUCUGAGAUGACUGGACUGAUGCAUGACUACGAGAGUGCAGAGAGAAGUUUUAUCCAGGCACUUCAGUCCACCCACUCCAACGCACAGCUCACUGACGCCUUCCAGAAACAAAUUGUGCAGCUGUACGAAGAAGCGACUAAAGACCUGGAGAAGCAGUACAGGGAAGCGAAGGCGAAGAUCACACAGAAGCACAGAGAUAGAGUGGCGAGCGGGAAGAGGGAUAAGAUGGACUUGGCUCUGAAGAGGGUGAAGGCGUUGAUUGACACUGCAGAUAGCAACAGUGCAGCUAAGGAGACGGCCUUGAUGUCGGCGCUGACGAAGUACCUGGACCUGAGUCAAGACCUCAUGCAACACUACCAGACCCACUUCUCCAGGGUGGCUCAUUUGAGUUACACCAGGGCACAAGUGGAACACGGCAGGACGCUGGACAGUGUCUACGCAGCCCACGAGGAAGGCAUGGGGGUGUGUGAGAAAGUGUUGAAGAUGGAGGGGCUGUCUUAUAACUUCCAGAAACAGCUUGAUGUGAUCAUGAGUGAGUAUGACGAUUACUUCUCCAAGGUCAUAGCCGAAAUCACCAAGGUCACCAGGUCACUCGAGGUCAGCAUCGACACGUCAGUCAGUUCAAAGCCCCCAGUCAGCAAAUUCACUCCAGAAGGCUACAGGGGUAACGUGGCUAUCGUUAGCUCACAAGACCCUUCUGAAACUAAAGAUCAAUCCAAGAUCGAGAUUGAGCAGUCAGGAGUGUUUGCGGCUAAAUAUGUCGACAAACUUCCGGGAGUCCUGAAGAGCGAAAACUAUGACCCCAAUGGAUCCAAUGUCGACGAUGAUGGACACUCUCACGGACACUCGCGACAGAAACUGUACCUGGUCAUGUUCGCGUGCAUGUUCACAGGAUGUGUGGUCGCUACUAUUUUGAUCUCAAUCUUGAGAAGGAGGCCACGUGGUCGCAUGGUGGGAGGCAACACUUUCGUCCGGGUCGACAACAACCCCCACCCCUUAAGUCCUGAGGACAAACAUAUUAACUCUCUCCAGGUCAACGGGUACUAUAAUCCUAUCUACAAAUUCUUCGACGAACCUCAAGAAACCUAAUUUGGGUUCAUGCAACAGCGAACGAAAGAGCUAAAAGAACUGCUUAAUGAUUCCAUGAACAACUAUUCAGUUACAACUACUGAUUGGAGUUGACUAAUGCUUCCAUUAUUUCUGUCCAUACCUGUAAAUAGGAAUUUUAGUUGUCUUGUUAAAUUAAGGAUCACGACGCAGUAGAAUUUUUAACCCCAUUUGGCUAAUUCUUAAUUUUAAUGAUGAAUUAAAUGAUCUACUUAACUAUUUCGAACUCUUAUUAAGAGUCAUGAACGUAGUGAACACUCUUAUAUAGGUCUUGGUGAUUUCUUUUGUUUUUUUUUUCAGGAA